AUGAGAUGUGCUCUCCAUGGACAUGGCAACUUCGAACUGAUUCCAAAAUUAAAUAAUUUGGUAUUGCCCCACAACGUAUGGUGUCAAAAAACUGAAAGUGAGAAAAACAGUCAUUUCCAAAAGUUCAUGUCAACUAAUGCUGCAAGAAAGAAAACAAAAACUGUAACAUCAACUGAUGGGAAAUUGGAUAUACCAGGGACAUGUGCGGUUGCCAAGAAACCAGGACAACGUAAAAGGGUCCGUGCUGAGAGGACCAGAACUCAUAAUAAGAGGCAUAAA